AUGGCCGAGCGAUCGGUGCGGAAGCGCAGUGCCAGUCGGCGUUACCUAGACUACCAGAAUCUUGAUGACUCGGAAUUCGCAGAUGAAUUCCCGAGUAAGAGCCCGGCAUCGACGAGUCCUACCAAGAAAAAAAGAGUCCUGGCCACCAAAGCGAAGCACCCGAAAAAGGGCGCCGCUAUGAAGAUCGAGAAGAGUGACUCUCGGGGGAGCAGUGACAGGGAGAACGAGAUAAUCACCAAGAACAAAGCGAAAAGGAAGCCCGCCUAUUCAAUCGACUAUAUCGACGAAUUGGCGGGCCAGGAAAUCCGAUGUUCCCUUUGUGAGGACUUCAUGACGACGAAUCCGCAGGAAGCGAAGGAACACCUCAGACUAAGGCAUUACUACAUAGCGCGAAUGAACAGCAAGCUGCCCUUAUCGAUCAAGGAACUUCGUUCGGCGCUUCUGCUAGCGAGUAAAGAUGAGAACGUGGUAUUCGAAUGUCGGUGCGGAAGAACGACACGGUGGCGUCAAACGUACGGCGAUCAUCUGCUCAAGUGUCAGCAACAUGGUUACGACCUUCUCAUCGAUGACAGUUGUUCGAAAGAGAUUCAAGAGGAUCGAGCGAAUGAACCAAUUGUAAUUGAGGGCAAACAGAAGCGGAAGUCCGCCAUCAAGGCAGCCACUACGUUCAGUCAAUUCGUCGAAGAUGAAAUAGAUCCGAGGGCUAAACACGAUGACGACAAAAGAGAGCCCGUGGCGAAGUCCAAGGGAGAGGAUGACGAUUUCAAAGUCAGCGAAGGCGAGAGCUCGGACCCUGAUGAGGAAUACGAUCACGAGUUGGAUGCUGAUGACUACGAGCCCGCCGAGAAGACGAAAUCUCAAUCGACGCAGAAAGUCUUGGAACCUUUAUUCAACGAAUUUCAAGGGAAAUAUCGAGAUCCAAUUCCAGUCCCUAUUCCGGAUGAGGAGAAAACUCGCUGGAAGACGGCUUUGCACAAGUACGGUCGGAUCAAGUGCUUGGAAUGUGGGGUCUCCUAUACAACUUCUCUCGGCAUGGACUACCAUUACCAGCGUUGUAACAAAGUCGAAUACGGAUACAAGUGCCUCAAAUGUGGUCUCUGCUUCACGCGUUCGUGUCACAAGCUCCUCUUCGGCCAUCUCUCGUCUUGUUACGAGAUGACCUCACGAUACUUCGAUGUUUCGGGUCGAGGCAGGGCGAAAGUUGCUAAGAAUCACGUGUUGAGCAAAAAUGACUACACCGAAUUCGUCCGACGACAUUACCUCGGUAGCGAGAGACAAGGCCAAACGGUUUUCCCGGACUGGAGGUACCAAACGAAAAUGUGGCCGAAAAAGUCCCAAGAGGACUGUGAGGGCUAUCUGUCCCUGAUGAAGACUUCUCCGAAGCUCAAGAUCGGAGGAAACGAGGAGAGGAUUUUGGAGCGUUUCGAAGUAUGGCACAACCCACAGUCGAAGCACAACACUCUCUAUGUCGGCGGCGCUGUAUGGUGCAUCAAAUGGGUCCCCAUGUUCGAAGAAUGUGACAUCCAGUACUUCAUGACCGUCAGUCACUCUAAAGGAGAAGAACCAGUAUUGAUGCGUAGGACAGCAGCUUCGAAGAGUCUCUCGAAAGGAUGCCUAACGCUCUGGAGCUGUGAUCGUGGCGGAGACAACAUCGAGAAUUGUUACACGAUAUGUCACGAUUGGGGCUUUGUGCCUCAAAUCGAGUUCUGCCCCUCUAGGAGCUCGACUGAGAACCGACUCUGUCUCUUGGCUGCGACUUCUGAGGCGGGCUUUGUGCGGAUACUGGCCCUACCUCGACCGGCGGGGUCGUCGGAUCAACUAUUUUAUCUGAACCCGGAUCCUGUGGCGAUCUUAGAGCCGCCGGAUCUGUCGUCGGGCUCGUGCUGCUUGGCCUGGGAUCCGAUGCGUGACCAUCUCAACCUGCUCGUUGGAUACGCGAACGGCAGCGUAGAUCUUUUCACGCUGAAGCAGAGGACUUUGCUGCUCACGGAGGACGACGCGUUCGAGGCUUCGAAGCAUGUCGGCGACCAUGGGAUGUCAGUGACGGCGGUUCAGUGGCAGAUGAUCGAAGAACGGAGGAUUGUAGUUAGCGCAGCCCUGGAUCCUGAUGUGAUUGUGUGGGACGUGGACCAAGGCGUCAUCUUAGGGAAAUACAGUCGAAGCAUGUCGAGGGACAUGAAGGUCCUGCAGUUCCUUCCCAGUAUCGUGGUUUCGUUUGAGGAAUCCGUGGCAGUGAAUUCCUGUGUGGUUGUUUUUGAGAGCGGCGCCUACAAGAGAGCAGAAACAACGGUCGUGCUCCACACAGCAGCGACUGCUUACAGACUGGACAUCAAUCAUUGGCGUCACAUGCUAGUUACGGCAGACUCGGCAGGGACGGUCACCAUGUCGUGGCUGACCAAUAGCAACAAGCUGCACAACUUCAAGAGCAGAAAUCAUCACGUAGUUCUGUACGAAGUGAAACAACGGCUGGCUCCGGGAGUCGACACUCUCACCGAAGAGGUCGCCCACUCCGUCGGCACCCUCGAGUUCAAAGAUCACGCUCCGUCGUGGGACAAACCCAUUCAGAACGGCGCGAGGUUGAGCGCUCCCUCGAGGUUGGAGUACCCCCUGAAUGCAGUUCUCAGCGUUGCCUUCAAUCCUAAUUGGGGGACAGAUCAUCUAGUGGCUUCUGGUCUGAGGUGCGGCAUCGUCCGGCUCUCGAAAGUGAAGUACAAGCCGUUGUAGCGCGUCAAGAAUUGUGAUUUGUUGUUUAGACCCAAAGUCG